GGCUGAAAAUGAUAUUGUAGAGAAUGGAGAUAAGAAGCAGAAUAACAGGGCUAACACAGUAUCCCAUUACAAGCUGUUCUCGUUCGCAGACUCCUUCGAUUAUUCCCUCAUGCUCAUCGGCACAGUUGGUGCCAUCGGUAAUGGGAUUUGCACGCCGCUCAUGACUAUAUUCUUUGGAGAUCUUGUCCAAGUGAUGGCGGGAAGCAUCGAUGUAAAGGACUCAGUCCACGAAGUGUCCCUUAAGUUCAUGUAUUUGGCGCUGGCUUCGGGGUUUGCGUCAUUUCUUCGGACGUCGUGCUGGAUGAUAACUGGAGAGAGACAAGCUGCUCGAAUAAGAGCUCUCUACCUGCGUGCGAUUUUGAGACAAGACAUUGCCUUCUUUGACAAGGAAGCGAGCACCGGACAAAUAGUCUCGCAGCUCUCUGGUGAUACUAUUCUUAUCCAAGACGCAAUGGGUGACAAGGUCGGAAACUUUAUCCAGCUACUUGUUACAGCCAUAGGAGGCUUCAUUGUGGCUUUUAGCAAGGGAUGGCUUCUCACUUUUGCAAUGAUUUGUACGAUUCCUCCAGUUGUUUUUGCAGGAGCAAUCACGAUGAUGCUCCUUGGAAAGAUCCAAUCCCAAGCACAAUCUUCUUAUUCGGUUGCAGCAACAAUUGUAGAACAGACUAUUGGCUCGAUCAGAACCGUCGCUUCAUUUUCGGGCGAGAAGCGGGCAAUCAAGGAGUAUGAUAAGGCCUUGGUCAAGGUCUAUAGGGCCGGGCUUUAUGAGGGCUUGGCCUCGGGAUUGGGCUUCGGGACAUUAAUGAUGAUAUUGUUCUGCAGUUACGCGUAUGCUAUGUGGAUCGGCGGAAAGAUGAUAAUCAACAAGGGAUACACAGGAGGAACUGUCAUUAAUGUAAUGUUUGCUGUAGUCCUUGGCUCUUUAUCAAUUGGGCAGACUUCCUCGUGCUUAAGCGCAUUUGCAGCAGGACAAGCCGCAGCGUUUAAGAUGUUUGAGACUAUCAACAGGAAGCCCAAAAUCGAUGCUUCAGACUCAAGAGGACGGAAAUUUAAGAGAAUCUCCGGAGACAUUGAGCUGAGAGAUGUCUACUUCAGUUACCCGACCAGACCGAACGAAAUGAUAUUUACAGGACUGUCCCUUUUCAUUCCUAGAGGCACGACCGCUGCUCUUAUGGGUCCCAGUGGGAGCGGGAAAUCAUCAGUCAUUAACCUCAUCGAGAGGUUUUAUGAUCCGCAGGGUGGAGAAGUUCUGAUUGGAGGAAUCAAUCUUAAGAAGUUUCAACUCAAGUGGAUCAGAGAAAAGAUUGGUCUAGUUAGUCAAGAACCGGUUCUGUUUUCGACUAGCAUUAUGGAUAAUAUCGCGUUUGGAAAGGAGACUGCAACCAUUGAAGAAAUUAAAGCCGCUGCCGUGCUGUCUAAUGCUGCAGGCUUCAUAGACAUGCUACCUCAGGGAUUAGAUACUAUGGUCGGAGAGCACGGGAUAAAGCUUUCAGGGGGGCAGAAACAGAGGAUUGCGAUUGCUCGAGCAAUUCUAAAGGACCCCAAAAUACUGCUUCUGGAUGAGGCAACAAGCGCUCUUGAUGCAGAAUCCGAGAGGAUCGUCCAAGAGGCAUUAGACCAAGUUAUGGAGAACCGAACUACCGUGAUUGUGGCCCAUCGGUUGAGUACCGUGAAGAAAGCUGACUCGAUCUACGUUCUUCAUCAAGGCAAGAUUGUUGAAAAAGGUAAGCAUUCGAAGCUGCUGAAGGAUCCCAAUGGAGCGUACAGCAACCUCAUCCGAUUACAAGAAAUUGGGAAAUCAUCGAGAAAGACAUCUGCACUAGAUCCCGAGAACAAUCGUCUCCCGUUGUGGGUUCCCAUUGGUAUGUCCCCGAUGGUCAGUGCUUCUGUAGGAACACCAGGCAACGUGUCCGAGAUGACUCUCGGUUCCGAAGUGCAGACCCAGCAAGCACAACUUUCACUAACCCGUCUCGCCUAUCUCAACACCCCUGAGAUUCCUGUGAUGCUUCUAGGAGCUCUGGCUGCAGCAGGGAAUGGAGUCAUUUACCCGGUUUUCGGCACGAUGCUUGCGAGUAUUAUCAAGACUUUCUUCGAACCGACAGACGAGCUCCGAAAGGGUACUGAAAGUUGGGCUGUGAAGUUCGUAAUUCUCGGGAUAGCAUCUUUAGUCUCCACUCCCUCGGCGACUUUCUUUUUCUCAGUGGCGGGUUGUAAGUUGAUUAAGAGGAUAAGAUCUAUGUGCUUCGAGAAAAUGGUGUAUAUGGAGAUAGGUUGGUUCGACGAAGCUGAGAACUCUAGUGGUUCUAUUGGUGCGCGGCUUUCUGGGGAUGCAACUUCGGUUCGGUAUUUGGUUGGUGACACUCUUGCUCUGCUUGUGCAGAACAUUGCUACAGCAGUUGCUGGCUUACUCAUUGGAUUUACUACAAACUGGGAAUUAGCACUCAUAAUUCUCCUCUUGAUACCACUUUUGGGAAUAAGCGGUUACGUUCAGGUCAAGUCCAUGACAGGUUUCGGUGCAGACGCAAAGAAAAUGUAUGAGGAGGCUAGUCAAGUGGCUAGCGAUGCAGUUGGGAGUAUUAGGACGGUAGCCUCCUUUUGUGCGGAGGAGAGGACAGUGCAGCUUUACCGGGAAAAAUGCGAAGGCCCUCUCAGUGCGGGAAUCAGGCAAGGUUUAAUAAGCGGGGUCAGCUGCGGCUUUUCUUUCUUCUUUAUCUUCUUCUUCUAUGCAAUAAGCUUUUAUUCCGGGGCCCAGCUAGUAGAUCAAGGCAAGACGAACUUCCACAAGGUCUUCCGUGUGGUUUUCGCUCUUUGUAUGACGGCUCUUGGGAUUUCGCAUUCGAACUCUCUUGCGCCUGAUGCUGGUAAAGCACGGAGCUCGGCUACUUCUGUACUAGAAAUCCUCGACCAGAAAUCAAAAAUCGACGCAAGCGAUGACUCAGGGAUUGAAUUGGACAGAGUGAAGGGAAAUAUCAAGUUUCAGCAUGUGGGUUUUAGGUAUCCUACUAGGCCUGAUAUCGAAGUGUUAUGCGACUUUUGCUUGUCUAUCAACUCAGGCCAGACGGUUGCUUUGGUUGGAGAAAGUGGGUGUGGGAAGUCGACUGUGAUAUCGUUGCUGCAGAGGUACUACGACCCUGAUUCGGGCAGCAUAACAUUGGACAGGAUGGAACUAAGGAAGCUGAAUUUGAAAUGGUUGAGGCAGCAAAUUGGUCUUGUUAGUCAAGAACCAGUCUUGUUCAAUGCAACAGUUCGGGCGAAUAUCGCAUAUGGUAAAGAUGGAGAAGUGACGGAGGCAGAGAUCAUUGCUGCUGCCAAAUUGGCUAAUGCCCACAAUUUCAUCAGUAGCCUCCAACAGGGAUACGAAACUGUGGUGGGCGAAAGGGGGAUUCAACUCUCAGGUGGGCAAAAGCAACGGGUUGCAAUUGCAAGAGCUAUAGUCAAGUCUCCUAAAAUACUACUCCUAGACGAAGCAACCAGCGCUCUUGAUGCUGAAUCAGAGCGGGUGGUCCAAGCUGCAUUGGACCAAGCCGUGGUUAACCGAACCACACUGGUUGUGGCCCACCGGUUAUCCACCAUAAAGAAUGCCGACAUAAUAGCAGUGGUAAAAAAUGGAGCCAUCGUCGAGAAAGGAAAACGCGAAACUUUGCUUAGCAUCAGGAAUGGAAUAUAUGCCUCCUUGGUAGGUCCAUGUAAAGCCACUUUCGCGAGCUAAACUGAACAUGCCGAUCUAUGUGAUGUGACUACACCUCUCUAACA